GCUGCAUUGAAAUGCAUUAGAGAUGCAAUCUUAGUUCUUUUAUCAUAAUUAUUGAAGAUGGGAUGAAUUGCAGUUAGGUUCAGAGACUGAAUUGAAAAACUUAGACCGUCAGGAAGCCAUGGGGUCGGCGUGAAACGGAAAUUCGACAACCCUUUUGCCUGACUCCAGAAGCUCAAACGCCGACGCCGUCUUUAUUUAUUUUGGCCGGUAAGCCAUGGACGUUCGUGUGAAGCAAGAGAUCAUGGAAACUUUAGCUGCUGAAAGAGGGAAACUUGUACGGGAACAAAUUUGCUCGGUUAUCGAGCUCAGCAGCAGUAGCAGCGAUUCGGACUCGAGCGGUUCGGACGACCUGGACGAUAGCGAGGUCGGUGUCGUUUCUACCGGGGAAGGACUUGAAGGUAGUGCUUCGAAGAAGCGGAAGGUGAAUGAUGUUGAUUUUGUGCUGCCGCUGGGGUUUUUGGCUCCUUUACCGUCGGUUGAUCCGGAUCCUAUUCCGUUGUCCUCUAAUAUGGCGGUCCCGGAGGUUUCCGCGACGGAGAACCCGGUGGAACAGGCGGCAAGUAGUUGUGUGAGUUCAAGUGUGCUUUGCAAGCAGUUCUGGAAGGCCGGGGAUUAUGAUGGGAGUCCAUCUGCCGCUUGGGAGUUAUCUACAGGUGGCAUGGAUCAUGUCAGGGUUCAUCCAAAAUUUCUACAUUCCAAUGCAACGAGUCAUAAAUGGGCCCUUGGAGCUUUUGCGGAACUUCUAGACAACUCUUUGGACGAGGCUUGCAAUGGAGCUACAUAUGUUAACAUAGAUGUGCUCAAAAGUAAGAAGGAUGGGAAUAGAAUGUUGUUAAUUGAAGAUAACGGUGGUGGGAUGGAUCCCGAUAAAAUGCGUCACUGCAUGUCCCUUGGAUAUUCUGCAAAAAGCAAAGUGGCAGACACCAUUGGACAAUAUGGCAACGGAUUCAAGACUAGUACCAUGAGGCUUGGUGCAGAUGUAAUUGUAUUUUCUCGGUGUUGUGGAAAAGAUGGAAAGCGUCAUAUCAUCUGGUGUGUUUCUAGCCCCACGCAGAGCAUUGGAUUGCUAUCCUACACUUUUUUGACAAGCACAGGAAAGGAAGACAUUGUGGUACCCAUGCUAGAUUAUGAAUGGCAACAAAAUGAAUGGAAUAAGUUGAUGCGAUCUACUGUCGGUGAUUGGAAUAGGAAUGUGGAAACUAUAGUGCAGUGGUCUCCAUUUUCAAGUGAAGCAGACCUCUUUCGUCAGCUCAAUCUGAUGAAAGACCAUGGCACACGAAUUAUUAUAUAUAAUCUCUGGGAGGAUGACCAGGGGCUCUUGGAGCUUGAUUUUCAUACCGAUCAACGUGAUAUCCAACUCAGAGGUGUUAACCGUGAUGAGAAAAAUAUACAAAUGGCAAAAGAGUAUCCCAACUCUAGACACUUUCUGACGUAUAGACAUUCAUUGAGGAGUUAUGCAUCGAUGCUUUAUUUGAGACUUCCGGUUAACUUCAGAAUCAUCUUAUGUGGGAAAGACGUUGAGCAUCACAACAUAGUUAAUGAUAUGAUGCUCACCGAGAUGAUAACCUAUCGACCAAAUCCCAGUGCCGAGGGUGCCCCCAAGGAUUUGAAUCUGGCUGCUCUGGUGACCAUUGGUUUUGUGAAAGAUGCCAAAUAUCAUAUUGAUGUUCAAGGUUUCAAUGUCUAUCACAAAAACAGACUCAUCAAGCCAUUUUGGAGGGUCUGGAAUCCUGCUGGAAGUGAUGGGCGUGGGGUUUUUGGUGUUUUGGAGGCUAAUUUUAUUGAGCCAGCUCAUGAUAAGCAGGGUUUUGAGCGUACAACGGUUCUUGCUAGACUUGAAACACGACUAAAAGAUAUGCAAAAAACUUACUGGACCACCAAUUGUCAUAGAAUUGGCUAUGCUCCACGGCGGAAUAAGAAAGGUUUAGAACAGUCUUUAGACAGAGAUACCUUUCCUGAUUAUGAUCUGCGACAAUCUACUCUAUCAAAUAAGAAGAGUACAUACAGCCGCAAGAGACUGUCUACAGACUCGGACAAGUUGUAUUCACCCUCAAAUUGGAACAAAAAGGGAAAAGGAAGUCGGGAAUUUCCUGAUGUAGUGAAUGGUGGAAAUGGACACGUGUUUAACAAGUGUGACAAUAUGAAAAAGGCAACAAUAGAUAACAGUACGAAGGUCACCGCAAAAUCUGGAAAAGGAAUAAGCUCUUUUAAAUCAUCAUCUCCUUCUACACAAGAUGUCAGCGAUGGUGAGUGUGAGGUCUUGCCUGAGAAACAAGCUACUGGGAGCAGUCAAAAGUUUGUUACACGAUCAAAUUCUAAGGAGCGUGGUCUGAAUGAUGACGAGCCUUCUCUUCCUGAAUCCGAUUUGCGUAUUCUUGAGCAGUUGAAACAGGAAAAUUCAGAAUUAAAAGAAAGAUUAGAAAAAUACGAGGGAGAACAUCAACAUCCAUUGCUCAACGAUUUGCAACAGGAAAGAAACCGGCGUCAAUCACUCGAACUCGAGCUUUCAGAGGCACUGAAAAAAAUCGAGCAACUGAACCUUGAACAAGAAAGUAUCAUUAGCAUAUUCACGGAGGAGAGAGAUAAGAGAGACAAAGAGGAAGAGAAGCUGAGAGAAAAGCUAAAGGAGGCAUCCGGCACCAUCCAAGAGUUGCUCGACAAAAUUAAGAUUCUGGAGACGAUGAAAUCCCCCGGCAUCAAGCAAGUGCGUCGGCAGACACUGUAGCGUCAUUUGUUGUCGCGAUGGUACUUUCGCUUUAUCAAGACAACCGGAAGUGAUUCUUGAAUUCUAUAGAAUCCAAUGCCAUUUCUUUUCUUAAUGUUGUCCGGUGAGGGGCACCAUUUUUAUCACAUUACUAACAAAGAAGUGAAGCCCGUGUGUACCAUGUACAAACUUUGAUAACGCUAGUGAUAAACGGGAUAUGUUGAGUGGUGUGAAUAAAAAAAGGUGCAUUUGUCUUGCCCAAUUGACA